GAAACCCCAUUUAUGUAGCAGGGGCACAUCGCUUUCCGAGCGGCUACUCACCCUGAAGGGGUGCCAUGAAAUGCUUCCUUGCAGUUUGGUUCGCGUGCUUCCGACAAGUACCAGCUCCUGUCCCUUGCAGCGAGCUCCCACAACCUACUUCUUGCACUGCCGCAGUUGCGCUACAAAGUUGCCAGUUGCAACUGCCACGUUGCAAGUUUUGAGACCACAAAUUCGACAUGCCACCUCAGAACCGACAUUGGCGGCAGAUGUGCAGGUGGGUGAUGUUCAAGCUCUGAUCGGGCCCAGUCGGACCAUUCUUCACUUGGAAGUGGAGGAGCGAGAUUGUGCAAUUGUGACCUUUGGCUACGAAGGCAUGAUCGUCAUCACCUGCGACGAGGGCAGUCUGAACGUGACUGCCGAAGGGUGCACACCAAGGCGAUGCCAGCCCGAGCAGUCUAUCACCGUGCGGUUGGGUGAAUAUUCUGUGAGUGCCUCCCCAUUGCAGACCAUCGCCAGCGGUGGACAAGAGCUCCGCUUUUGCCGGAACUUGAACCCAUUGUUUCGCAACACCUACAUCAUGUACUGCAACUAUGGUGAGGUGACCGUGGACACCAGCCAGUGUGUGACACAGUGGGAUCCCAUGACUAGCCCGCCCUGGUCGCGAAGAUCACGUGUUGGAAGCGUAGGCUUGAGUGAUGGAGCCGUCCUGAUGUUAGGCGGUUUGGGCAAUGAAGGACCAAUCCGCGAGGUUUGGCUGUGGCAGCCGACUCCGGGAACACUUGCGGGGAGCUGGCAUCAAAGCGAGAAACUUCCUCCAUGGAGUGGGCGCUUUGGUUCAGCAGCUGUGCGGCUUUCCAGCGAGCAGCAAGAGCAGGUGGUCUUGAUGGGCGGAAACGACAAUCAGAACCGAGAUGAUGUUUGGCGCUGGCUACGGCACCCUGAGCCGAUUGAGCUGAGCCUUGGCGACAGCCAGGCCACGGGAACCCAAGCGCAAGACUGUGUCUUGGAGACGAGCCAACUUCUGCUGUGCCAUGCAAAGCAGGGAGUGUCAGGACGCAAGUGGGACAUCUCACACUAUUUGGAGAUGUCAACUGAAAUCCAUAUCGAUUUGCUUCAUGGUGGAGGCACAGACGAUUUGCCCACCGGAGCCGCUGGAGUGGGUGCUGCAGUCAUUGCAAUUGAACUAGACAAUUGCCGUCAGCUAUUUCGGGCUGAAGGUGGGCGGUGGAGCACGACAGGGUGCACUGGCGAUCAGCCGCCAUGGGCGCGUGCUGACCAACCAGCCAUCAGGCUUGGCCCUAAUGGUGCAGCUUUCCCGGGACAACUGCGGAGCCUUCGCUUCGUUCUGGACCGGGAGAGACGCGAGGUUGUCAUGUACAGUGACAAUGUUCUCAUGACACCUGCAGGCGCAGAUCCCGGACAACUCGGGGUGCCAGUGGGUGGAGGAGUGUGCCGCGACUAUAGCAAUAUGCAAAAUGGCUCGCUUGUUUGCCCAGAUGUCCAGGAACCUGUGUCCGUGAUGCACUUGAGGGUGGUGGAACUAGUGGUUUGGCCUGAAGCAAGCCUUGAAGUUAGGAGACUUGCUGUCAUGGCACCGGCAGGCUUUUGGCAGCCCCUAGCAGAUAUAGCACCUUGGCCAGCGCGUGCUGCGCAUGUCGCGGUGCCUUUGCCAGACGGGGACAUUCUGCUCAUGGGAGGAGUUGGUGAAUCUGGUCUUUUGAAUGAUGUGUGGCGAUGGACCCGAAAGCGUUGCACAUUACUGGAGGACAUCCGACCGCUCGAAGCUGCAAGGUUUGGAUUGGAGUGCAGCUACAAGUGCCGAGAUUCUCCCAUAUAUGGCCAAUGGGCACAACUCCUGGAUGCCCCAUGGGCCCCAAGAGAGGAACCAGCAGCAGUAUUGACCACCAGUGGAGUGAUCCUUGCAGGAGGACGGGCAGCUCUGGGAUACACCAAUGAUGUGUGGCUUUGGCAGCACUCUGGAGACUUUUGCAGCGCGCAGUGGCAGGGUGUGUGGAGCCAGUUGACACCGCAAGCGUCAUGGUUGCCUCGUCAUGGCCAUCGCCUGGUGGGUUUCGCUGGAGAAACGGGCGAGGUGGAAACCGUACUUCUAGUGGGUGGCUUUGGUGGCGAACCCUUCAACAGUGAAGUGAUUCGAGGAGAAGAGCAGGAUCCAGCAGUUCGUCCAAAUCCACGGAAUGAUAUUUGGUGUGGGAACAAGAAUCUGCAAAAUUGGGGGCAAUGGACACAAAUGGCUCCAAGCGCGCCCUUCUCUGCGCGUGCUCAGUUUGGUGCAGUCAUUGCCCCUACGAUCUCAGACUUUUCCUUUGUCCUCUUUGGCGGUUAUGACGACAAUGCACGCCUGGUGGCAGACCAGUGGAGAUGGACUGGGGAAAACACUACCUUCACGUGUGACAUCCAAGAGCCUGCCAGUACCCUUUGAUGGAAGCACCACACUGCUCGGUUGGUUUCACUUUGACAAACGGUUGGAGCAUGCAGCUGCUGGUAAAAUAUGCAUGGCCCCGGCUGAAAGGCUGCGCUAGGUUAGGUUCUCUUGGGAGUGGUGCCAACCUGGAUUUGGAUCCUGU